AUGUCGAAUUUGAAAAGAAGACCCCAGGUGAGUAGUGCUGAAAGCACGGAAUCUCACACUGAUGGAAAAUCAGUCUGCCUCAUUUCGGAUUCUGGGGGAGGCAAAAAUUCGAUUUAUCGGAGUAAACCACACAAAUCACAUAAUAUCCCAAAGAUCUACUUGGCUACAUACAACAUCAGAACAAUGAGGGAUCCCGAACAUCUCGUCAAGCUAGAAGAAGAACUUGAACAUAUAAAAUGGGAUAUCGUAGGUCUCUGCGAGACUCGACUACCAGAUGAGGAAACCACUGUCCUAAAAUCAGGCCACUUACUUUAUCAGAAUAAUGGCACUAGUCAAAAAGGUCAAGGAGGAGUGGCAUUUCUCAUAAAUAGGAAGCUGAAACAUUUGAUAACCGAGAUGAAGUCAAUCUCUGACAGAGUCAUUUACAUAGUGCUCAGAAUCAACGAGCGGUACAGUGUACAGUUCAUCCAAGGAUAUGCACCAACAAGUAAAGCAGACGAUGAGGAAAUGGAGACUUUUCUUGAGGACCUAUCCAAAGCGAUUGAUGCAUGCAAAACCCACUACACGGUCAUAAGUGGCGAUUUCAACAGUAAGAUCGGGCAAAAAAGCACAACUGACUCUGAUAACAUCGGAACUUUUGGUUUGGGUACGAGAAAUCACAGAGGAGAAAUGUUGGUCGAUUUCUUAGGUAGGGAACGUUUAUACUGCCUUAACACUCAUUUCAAGAAACCUCCACAUAGGAAGUGGACUUGGAAAAGCCCCGACGGCAAAACGAAAAACGAGAUCGAUUACAUUCUCGCAGACAAACAAAAAAUAUGCACAGACGUCUCAGUGCUAAGCCGGUUUGACACGGGGAGCGAUCACAGGUUGGUGAGGGCGACUCUUAGGUUCAGGCUAAAAAUCAAAAGGAACAAGCUUAUUCAUAGAGGUAAAUUUUCUGCAGCAGAAGAACUUGAACAAAGAAAGGAGGAAUAUCAGACUGAGCUGGCAAGGAGAUUGGGAUCAGUCAAUACCUAUGAUCAAAUGGAUAUCAAUGAACUGAAUCACAAAAUAACGAAUGACAUCUACUCCUCAGUCAAAAAGAUUUGCUCGAAACCCAAGAAAAGGAGUGAUCCCAAGUUGAGCCCAGACACUUUGAGGCUCAUGGAACAAAGAAGAAACACUCCUAGGAGUACACCGGAUUAUAAUGAAUUAAACAAAAGGAUACAUAAAGAGGUUAGGAAAGACAUCCGAGUAUAUAACACCAAAAUUAUCGAGGCCACUAUUGAGAAUAACGCAAAUAUGAGGGUUUUAAGAUCGAAACUAUCCCCAGGCAGUCGCAAGAUCACGAAAAUGAAUGACCAACAUGGUAAUGUAGUGUCGGACAACCGGAGUAUUGCUGACCACAUCCAAAAAUUCUAUACAACCCUUUAUACUUCCAUUCGACCUGCUUCAGCAACGAAAAGUGUAACUGUGUGCAAUGUGGGAUCUGAGGAUAUUCCAGAAAUAACCCGUCAAGAAAUAAAGGCUGCUCUAAAGAUGAUGAAAAACUGA